GGGACGCUCCGGGAGGGACUUUCGUCCGCCUUGGGCCGAAGCUCCUGCCGGCUUGGAAGCCGCCAUGAAGUUUCGCGCCAAGAUCGUGGACCUGGCUUGUCUGAAUCACUUCACACGAGUCAGUAACAUGAUAGCCAAGCUUGCCAAAACCUGCACCCUCCGCAUCAGCCCGGAGAAGCUGAACUUCAUCCUUUCGGACAAGCUGGCCAGUGGUGGGGUGAGCAUGUGGUGUGAACUGGAGCAGGAGAACAUUUUUAGUGAAUUUCAAAUGGAAGGAGUCUCUGCAGAAAACAAUGAGAUUUAUUUAGAAUUAACGUCAGAAAACUUAUCCCGAGCCUUGAAGACUGCCCAGAACGCCAGAGCCUUGAAAAUCAAGCUGACUAACAAACACUUUCCCUGUCUUACCGUGUCUGUAGAGCUGCAGUUGUCCUCAUCGAGCAGCAGUAGAAUCGUGACACAUGAUAUCCCCAUAAAGGUUAUUCCUCGAAGACUGUGGAAGGACUUACAAGAGCCGUCUGUCCCAGACUCUGAUGUCAGUAUUUAUUUACCAGCCUUGAAGACUAUGAAGAGUGUUGUGGAAAAAAUGAGAAACAUCAGCAAUCAACUUGUUAUUGAAGCGAACCUGAAUGGAGAACUGAACCUAAAGAUAGAAACUGAGUUGGUAUGUGUGACAACUCAUUUUAAGGAUCUUGGAAACCCUGUAUUACCCUCUGAGAGCGUCUCUCAAAACCGACACCCAGAAGACAUGGCCCGGGUGCACAUCGACAUAAGGAAGCUCCUCCAGUUCCUUGCAGGACAGCAAGUGACUCCCACCAAGGCUGUGUGCAAUAUUGUGAGUAACAGAAUUGUUCAUUUUGACUUGCUUCUGGAAGACAUCUCCCUUCAGUAUUUCAUCCCAGCCUUGUCCUAGCACCGUCUCACCAGACCUGGGAGCGCAGAGACAUUGGCCGUGAUGAGAGAAGCACUGGGUGAUGUGGUCAGUCAGCUGCCUGUCCUCACAGCACCACACACUUGUACUGGUGGGCUUGUUUCUCCCCCAUGCUGCUUAAAGGACAAGUGGAAUGAAUGAAGUACAGCUGGAUAAUCAUUCCUUCAUGGUACUGAAAUCCACCACCUGUGCCUCAUCCUGGGUUUAAGCCAUUAAGAAGAAAAGAUGGAAUUGAUUUUU